CUCAUGACUUUCAUUACCCAGUAACUGCUCUUUUUCGUACUGUUAGAUCUCCUCUCUCACUCUCUCUCUCUACAGCUAUACACUAUAUAUAUACAUAUAGAGAGAGAAAACAAAACGCGGUGAAAAAAACUAACACACGCCACUCUCAGAUCUCUCCGUCUUAAACACACUUCUACUUCUAACUAACUAACUAACCAACUCUUCCUCCAUUAAUGACUUCUUGACAAGUGCUAUCGUUAUUAACGAUUGUUUGGAGAAGCAGUUGGAUCAUAUGAGGUGUUCAUUUGGUUGGAUUGCUUCGCCGGCUAUCGAUUCAGAUGUUCGAAUUUUGCAAGCUUGUUGUAAUAAGCAAAUUUCACUCAGAGUUACACAGGUGAGCAAAGUGGAACCGUAUCCUUUGAUCCAAGGAAGUACUGUUUUGCAGUUCCGCGAGGUUUUCGGAGGUGAUAUAGGUUAUCAUGGCAGAAGGAGAAGAGCGUAUUGAGCUUAAGUUUCGUAUAUAUGAUGGAACGGAUAUAGCACAUGAUAGUUAUCCAGCUUCUACUACAACAGUUGGUUCACUUAAGCAAAAGCUAGUUGCUGAGUGGCCUCAAGGAAAAACCGUUAUACCAAAGUCAGUCAAUGAUGUAAAACUUAUACACGCCGGUAAAGUUUUGGAAAACACCAAAACGCUUGCUGAUUCCAGAAUAACUUUCGGUGACAUCCCUGGUGCUAUUACCAUGCAUGUUGUAGUACAGCCUCCUAUAGCUAAAAAAAAGACAGAGAAGAAGAAGAAGAAGGAAAAUAUGCAAAAGACGAAUUCAUGCUCAUGCACUAUCCUGUAGAUUAGAAAGUACACCUUGUGGUUCCUCUGGAGGAUGAUGGGUAGGCAGUGAACUAUCCAAUGGUAUUGCGUCAAGACAGUUAUGGCUUUCUCAAAUUGUUGUUGCUUGCUUCUAUAAAUGUCAAAUAUUCAUUUCUAGUUUGUCUUCGAAAUGAAUCAGAUAUCAACAUUGUAAUAUCUGGCCUCAAAAAGUACAAUAAGGGUGUUGCAUGCCACAAACCAGGCGCGGUGGCUAUGUAACUUCAGCUCAUGCAGCCCCCAGCAUUCAAUGAAUACAUAUUUGUUUGGAAGUAAAUAUUUUUAGGUAAGUAAAAUCAACCAACAUUGUUAUUU